UUCAUAACCUUAUUUUGCUGUUUUCGGACGACACGCGUCGCAACGUCCGCCCCUGCACCUGCCUUCUACCAAGUACACGUAUUUCACACAUUCCUCACACUAGUUUGAUAAAAAUCACAAGAAAACGCGUAAAAAACGCGCUCUAUUGUCGAAGCAUUGAAUAUUUCGUUGUAUUUUAUAGUUAGGAAUCGUCAUUACUGUUCAGAAUGGCUUCCCGAAAAACGGUUAUGGAGGAAGACGCUGGCCAACUGAAAUUGGGACCAGAGUUUGAAAACGAAGACAUGUUGACCGUUUCGGAAGCAAAGAUUCUUGUCGAAACCGUGCUGGCUCAGCGUUCACGCGAAACCGGAGGCGAGGUUCCUAUGACAGAUGUCAUGAAAAAAACAAUGGAGUACUUCAACAUUUUUGCGCGUUUUAAGACGCAAGAAGCGACAUACGCUUGUGAACGUAUUCUAGGAAACCGGUUCCACAAGUUUGAGCGUGCUCAACUAGGUACUUUGUGUUGUGAAGACGCAGAAGAAGCUCGUACACUGAUUCCCAGUUUGGCAACUAAAAUUUCAGACGAAAGUCUGCAAGGCAUCUUGGACGAACUGUCCACACUGCGCAAGUUCCAAGAUUAAGAAGCGUCGUCAUUAAGGACAUAAAAAAAGAAACGAACCGAACCGAAAAGAAAAGAAACUGAAAAUGAAAACGAAAGUACUAAACGGGAGAAACAUAAGAAACGAAAAAGACACAGCUGAAGAUGGGAGAGGUGAACAACCACUUGGCCAGACAUGGACGAAGGCUAGUCUGUCCAUUGCUGCUUAGAACCUUUUGCACAACCAGAUGGCAGUUUUGCAACCAAGCUUUAUUGCAUUCGUGAACAGUCCAUGGGCAGGGGCCUUUUGAGCUUCCCAGUCGUCUACCGCAGCAUUCAGAUGGCCCAGCUCAUCGUCACGUAGCUCGGCAAGUUUCUCACGCAGUUUAGAGAACUCUGGAUGUUUGUCCUCGAGAUGGGCUGUUUCACGAAUUUGGUUGUUGUAAUGGUCGCCAAUAACCGUCUCUACAGCCUCUGUGCAAGCCAUAGCGGCUCGCGUGCCUAACAAAGCGCUGCCGACACCAAGUGCAAAUCCGGCAACGUCCCAUAGGGGACGAAGAACCGUGGGACGAACAUUGUGUUCCGUACAGUAUUUGUUGAAUAUGGAAAGGUGGUACUUUUCCUGGUCCCACAUAUGCUGGAUGGUUGGUGCGACUCUGGGGUUCGUCACUCGCAGGAUAAAGUGCUGACCCUUGUAAAUUCUGUUGGCGCCCAACUCACCAGCAUGGUCCACACGGAUCACUUGGUCAAGCAGUUUGUUGUCCUCUCGAGAGAGAGUCUCAUUAGAAGCGACAGGUGUGUUAUGGGUGCCAUAGGCGCCAGUUGCUGUUGUAGAGCUCCCGUAGCGGACGGCCGCCGCAAUGGGAAAGAUACGCUGAAUUGUAACAAUGGAAUUUCUCCUAAGGGCAAACAUGAAUGUGCAGUCAAGGACAAUGUGUAAUGAAUUGUAUGGAGCUGAAGGGA